AUGGGACGUCCUCCUAAAAAUAUAUCCAACCAAAAUAUAAAAAGAUUUCAACUGGAACUUCAACUGGCUGGUGGAGAUACCAAAUCUUUACUAAAUGACAAAAAGGGAAGAAGUAAGAGCUGUUUAUUGUGUAAGAGAAGAAAACAGAAAUGUGAUCACAUGUUACCAAGUUGCACCUCUUGUUUGAAAAGUGGUGUUAAAUGUGUUCAACCGGAUAGAUAUGAAAAUGAAAAUGAUGAAUCUAAUAAGAAAAAUGAUUACACCUUGUUUUUAGAAAAGAAAUUAACUUUUUUAGAAAAAUUAGUUGAAUUAUCUGAUACCAAUAGUUUACAAUUUCGUAAGAAGCUAGCUGGGUACAAGAAAAUUACUCAGUUUCUAGAUUCUAAAGCGGAUGAUUAUCAAGAUAUAAUGGAUAAAGUUAUGUCUAAUGAGGUAAAUAAUUUUAAACUUGAUAACAAUAAUAAUAAUAAUAAUAUACAUCUACCCCCACCUAACAAGUCUAGUUUUAUACCUAUACUGGGAAAUAAUAAUAAUAAUAAUAAUGGCAGCAAUAAUGAUAGGAACAAUAACAAUAAUAAUCUUAAUAGUAACAACAAAAACAACAAUAAUAAUAAUAAUAAUAAUAAUAAUACGCAUAAUAAUAGUACUCAUAUUACUACGGAAGUUUUGCUAAAUUCUAAAGCAAAUAUUAUAAGUGGCUUAAAAUCAUUGAGCUCAGAUUGUUUAGAAUCAAUUGAUUUUUCCAAAUGCAUUUUCACAAAGUAUAAUCUAAAAGAAUUUCUAUCUUAUGAUCCAGCUUUCGAAUUUGAAGAACAACUAAGUAGACAAUUUUUAGACACCUUUUUCACCAGGUUACAAUUUAAAUAUCCACUUUUAGAUGAAAACGAAAUUUAUCAAUUUCACGAAUAUUAUAUUUCAAUGAGUAGAUCUGGUGUAACCACAAAUGUUUCACCGCAGUUUAAAUUUCAAUCAUACGCUCACACAAGCAAUAAUGACAGUAAUACCGUCGUCAUUAACAGCACCAAUAAUACUAAUAAUAAUGACAAGAAUGACACCAGCAGCGAUUAUAAUACUGCAUUUCAUUAUUGUUGCGGCAGAAUGUGGUUGAUUUUUGGAAUAAGCGCUUGUUUACACAAAACCACUGGUAAAUAUAGAGGCUUACCUCCAAAUAGAUAUUUUAGUACAGCGAUUAGGCAUAUAACAAAAUGUGAGAAUAGAUUAAAUGAUUGGCAAAAAGUAGAGAUUUUAACAUUGCUAUUACUAUAUAUCAUUAGGACUGACAGAGACAGUUUAGAAUUAUACAUUAUAAUAAAAGAUGUUAUGGAUAUUGCAGUUAAUAAAUUACAUUUAAACAAAUGGGAUUAUGGUGCUGGAAAACAGAGCGAGCAUCAAUUAGAAGAAGAAGAAGAAAAAGAAAAAAAGGAAAAAGAAGUUUUAUUUUGGCAGAAUAGAAAAUUGAGAGUUUUUUGGUGUAUCUAUCUUUUGGAGAGAAUGAUAUGUGUUGCUGUAGGGAGGCCCUAUACCAUCAAAGAAAAAGAUAUAGAUUUGCCGUUAUUCACAGAUCAAAGCUUCAUUACAAGCAGACAUGUACCAACUGCAACAAUUACUCCUGUUACAGAUAAUAAUACAUCGAGGGUGCAUUUUAUUAACCAAGCUUUGAAAUUGAAGCGCAUAGAAUCUAGAUUUGUGGAAAGUUUAAAUUUGUUAAAAUUUAAUGAAACAACUAGUGCCAAAGAUGCCUUUUCUACUAUGCACAAAAAUCAAUUACCUCAGGUGGAAAAAUAUUUUGAAGAACUAGAAGUUUGGAGAUCUUCAUGCUCUAAAAAUGCCGUUCGUGAUUUUGAAAACGAAACAUUGAAAUUAUACUAUUAUAGAGCGGUCAGAUUAUUAAUCCAACCAUUUUUCCUUGAAUUAUUAAAGCCUGAAGAUAGACUAUUUCGUGAAUGUCAAGCGGCUGCCGGACAAAUCUGCCAACUGUAUAAAAUAUUUCAUCAAAAAACUGUUUAUGGUCAUUCAACGCCAGCUGUGCACACAGUGUUUACUGCCGGUUUAACAUUAGUGUAUUGUUUGUGGUUAGCUAAGAAUUUUGAUGAUGAACGUAGGAGGAGAUUGGGUGAUUCAGCCAAACACACGAGGCCAGCGAUGAGUGCCACAUUAUUUGCUAUUUUUGACGAUUUAAGGGCCUGCUCUGUUUGUUUAUACGUCAUGGCUGAACGUAGUAAAUUUGCUAUUACCUACAGAGAUACAUUUGACCAGCUCAUGAACUGUACGAUUGGUAAUUUAAUAGAGAGAUGUGGUCCAGAUGCAUCAGAGUUAAUUAGUGUUGGAAGCGGUAAGAUUUCUGUUAAUAAUGGUAAUAAUAGUUCUGCUUGGCGUAAACGUCAUUACCAGCAUCGUCAUCAUAAUCGAAUCCAUCUUCCAGCAAAUUUUAAUGUUGCUAGUAGUGAUAAUCCUGAAUUUUUUAACGACAACAAUACUAAAACUAUGGGUGCAUCAAUGAUACGUGCUGAUACUGCUACUGCCACUGGUACCAGCAAUUCCGUUAACAUGAGUAAUUCUAUCACCUCUUUUGGUAUGCCUCCCGCUAUCGACAGGAAAUUUGGGAAAUCCCAACAAAAAGAGCAUGUUGGGUUUUUGCAAAAUAUGCUUAUUGAUAAAGAAGAAGUUAAAGAACGAAAAAGAAAACGUGGUGUAUUGAAAAAAACCAUGGUUCCUAAAAGUUUAUCUCAUUUAUUGGAUUAUGAUGAUGAUGACUAUGAUGAUGGUGAUGAUGGUGAUGACUAUGAUGAUGGUGAUGAUGGUGAUGAUGGUGAUGAUGAUGACGAUGACGCUAGUGUUGAUGAGGGUGGACAGAAACAUAAAAAGCAGAAUGAAUCUACAGGACAGAAUAUCAUUCCUAAACAUGAUGUUUUUGAGGUUGACACCUCCAGUACCAAAAACAUUACUACUAUUAAUAAUAAAAAGAAUAGCACCAUUGAUCAAGACAAUAAUAUCAAGAAUAAUGCCAAUACAAAAUACAGAAAAUUAAAUAAACCCAUUAACAACAACAAUUGCGGAAUAACAAUACAUUCAGAACAACGAACACCUAACGAAAGUAGUAGUCACUCUGUUUCAUCAGAUUCUAUUUCCCCAAAGUUUAUUAUUCAAAAACCUAUCAUUAAUUUUACUGAAGAGGAAUGGCAAGAUUUACAGACUCAGGCAUUAUUACAACAACAGAUGGGGCAACAAACAUUACAAGCAUAUUUGCUGAAUAUGAACUAUGGCAACAAUAACGCUUGCGGUAAACUUCCUUCGACAAUUAAAGAUACCACUAAUUUAAAUUCUUUUCCAUUUGAAACAAAACCGAUAAAAAACAUUCCAAACCUUGGUACUGAUAGCAACAAUAUUACUGCUUUCAGUGAAAACAUUUUCCAAAAUGCUGUUCCAACAGUAUCUCAGCAUCAAAAUAACAUUAGUGCUAAUAAUGUUACUUGUGAUUCAGACAAUAGUAAGCUUGGUGCUAUAUUGCCUACUUUAGAUGCAGGAACAGCACCGAAUACUAGUAAUAAUGUUUUUCAAUCUGCUCCAACUGGUUCAGUGCCAACUGUGACGUCAUGUGUAACUGAAUAUAGCGAUAAUAAUAAUGGUGACAAUACUAGUAAUAAAUUUGGUAAUAUUAAUGAUCCAUAUAAGAAUAAUAAUAACAACAAAGAUAAUGUACAAGUUGAUGGUACCGCUGUCUCGUUUCUGAACGCCUUAUCGCUAAAUUUUGGCAUUCAAAAUAUGAUUAGUAAUAUAUCCCAGUGGACUUCUUCAAAUAAUAAUAACAUUACACAUUUAGACUACAGUUCGCGAAAUACUAAUGCCAAUAAUAAUAAUGUUGAUGAUAAUGCACACAUUAAUAAUGCUAAUAAUAAUUCCGGUAAUAAUAAUACUAAUUAUAAUAAUAAUAUAGGUAUUGAUGGAAAUUUUUACAUUCCUAAUAGAGAUAAUCUACCAACCAUGACACAAAAUGAAUUUUUAAGCCAAUACCGCAAUAAAAUGUAUUUUAAGUCUGAAGAACAAGCUAAUUCGUAUUUUAUCAUGGAAAACAAAACUAAUUAUGUUGCAGCAGGUACAAUUGAAGACCGUAAUAGACAGAUUUCUAUGAACAAUGCUAGUAACAUAAUAAAUAGUCCACAUGUUACUUCACCACUUCCUUUUUCCAAUACUAAUACCGUUGAAAAUAAUAAUAAUGCCGUGAAUGCUAUUAAUCGCGGUAAUCCUCUUCAUUAUGGAAGUACUGCAGAUAAUACUCAACAUGUACAAAAAAAUAAGAAUAUUAACGAAAAUAAUAAUACCAACGAAAAUAAUAAUAAUAAUAAUAAUAAUAAUAAUAAUAAUAAUAAUAAUAAUAAUAAUAAUAAUAAUAAUAAUAAUAAUAAUAAUAAUAAUGGGCUACGGUUUGUUCCUCCUCCAACUGAAGAGUUUUGGACAGUUAACGAUGAUUACGGUUUUCUAGCAUAA